CGAGGUCACGCUUGGCAGCGAGAGCAGGAGCCUCGCUCGCAAACAAACCACGAUCCGAUACCGCAAACAAAGCUGACCAACAAACUCAAACUACCAGUCCAACAACCUUGCCCGUGCCCCCACCACCACCCCCGCCUUCCCCUGGGACCUCAAGGCAUCGGACAAACAUGAGCCAGAGUCGGCCAAGCAAAGCACCGAGGUAGCAACCGGCCGGCCGCCGUCCUUCCGACCCCCAGCCCCUCCCCGCGGUCGCCGGCCCCCGGAGCUCGCCAUGGGUCAGGGCUUCUCGUCCACCACCCCGCCCGCGGGCGCGGCCGGCAUCGACGUGCCCGAGCUGGUCGACCUCGUGUACGAGAAGUCGGUCGGCACCGCCCGCUUCCUCAAGUGCAUCCGCGCCAGGCACCACGACGGCGUCGUGCUCGUCAAGGUCCUCACCAAGCCCUACACGCCCAUGCCGCUCGACGAGUACCGCCAGAUGAUUGCGCGCGAGAGCAGGGCCCUCGCCGAGAUCCCCAACGCCCUCGGCUACCAGCGCGCCAUCGAGACCGAGACCAACGGCUACCUCGUGCGCCAGUACCUCUACAACUCGCUCUACGACCGCUUCAGCACCCGCCCCUUCCUCGAGGACGUCGAGAAGAAGUGGCUCGCCUUCCAGCUGCUCUGCGCCCUGCGCGACUGCCACGCCAGGGACAUAUACCACGGCGACAUCAAGAGCGAGAACACGCUCGUGACGUCAUGGAACUGGCUCUACCUGUCCGACUUCUCGGCCUCGUUCAAGCCCGUCAUGCUGCCCGACGACAACCCGGCCGACUUCUCGUACUUUUUCGACACGUCGGGCCGUCGGACCUGCUAUCUGGCCCCGGAGCGCUUCUACCCACCCGGCGGCGACUUCGACCCUGACACCAAGCUGAACUGGGCCAUGGACAUCUUCAGCGCCGGCUGCGUCAUCGCCGAGCUCUUCAUCGAGGCGCCCAUCUUCAGCCUCAGCCAGCUGUACAACUACCGCAGCGGCAAGUACGACCCGGCCAUCUCCCACCUCAGCCGCAUCCCCGACAAGGAGCUGCGCGACAUGAUCAUCCACAUGAUCCAGCUGGACCCCCAGAAGAGAUAUUCGGCCGAGGAGUAUCUGCGCUUCUGGCGCAGGAAGGUCUUCCCGGACUACUUCUAUGACUUCCUCCACCAGUACAUGGAGGUCAUCACGGACCCUACUUCGGGCCAGUACCCCGUGUCUGGCGCGACUCGAAACUUGGGGGAACCCGACGAGCGGAUAGACCGUGUCUUUUACGAUUUCGACAAGAUAUCCUACUCCCUCGGGUACCAGCAUGACAGAGGCCAAGAGUCGAUGGCGGUAGCAGCAGCCGCACCAAGAGCCUCCCGCCUUGGGCUGACCCAUUUCCCCGUGAACCUGAGCAUACCAAACAAUGAGCACCACGUCUCGAAUGCUGCGCAGCCUCCAGCAGACGACGGCACGCUCAUAUUCCUGACCCUGGUCUGCUCUUCUCUGCGGAACACGGCCAGGGCAGCCUCCAAGCUGCGGGCGUGUGACGUGCUCCUGGCAUUCGCUGAGAGACUGACUGACGAGGCGAAGCUUGACCGCGUUCUGCCGUACUUGAUGUCGCUCCUGAACGAUAGGGCCGACAUGGUCGUUGUGGCGGCCCUGAGGAGCAUCGCACAGCUUUUGGCGCUGGUCAAGGUUGUGUCACCUGUCAACUCACCAGUCUUUGUCGAGUAUAUAUUGCCCCGCAUGCAGCUCGCCCUGCUAGGAAGCCACAACGCCCCUAGUCCGCUCGUGCGAAUGACUUAUGCCUCAUGCCUCGGCACUCUAGCCACUACGGCCGGUCGUUUCCUCGACAUGGCUGUUGCUGUGCAAGCCGAUGGCGCGGCCUUUGCGGCGGACCCAGAUGUCGAAUCUGGGACCUCGGCGAAUGCGGCGUUUGACGCCAUGUUCGACAACGCGCGCCGAGAGCUGAUACUUAUGUUCGAGGCUCACACCAAGGCGCUGAUCGAGGAUCCGGACCCGUUUGUGCGCCGGGCGUUCCUCAGCUCGGUGCCGGACCUCUGCAUGUUCUUCGGCACGGCCGACUCCAACGAUAUCAUACUGGCGCAUCUGAACACGUAUCUGAACGACCGCGACUGGACCCUCAAAUGCGCCCUGUUUGAUGCCGUCGUGGGCAUCGCCGCCUUCAUAGGCAGCACUAGUUUGGACGAAUUCAUUCUCCCGCUCAUGGUGCAGGCGCUGAUGGACACGGAGGAGUCGGUAGUCCACGCCGUCCUGCACUCGCUGGCCGAGCUGGCCGAGCUUGGCUUGUUCUCCAAGGCACGGGUUUGCGAGCUGGUCGAGGUGGUGGCACGUUUCACCAUGCACCCAAACAUCUGGAUCCGCGAGGCCGCCGCCGAAUUUGUUUCUGCCUCCACCCAACAUCUCUCACGAGCUGACAUCAGGUGCAUGAUAUACCCGCUGGUGGUGGCGUACCUGAAGCCCGGCAUCAUACCAGACUUCUCCGAGCUUUCACUUCUGAGUACACUCAAGAAGUCGCUGACCAGGUCCGUGUUCGACCAGGCCUUGGUCUGGGCCCUGAAGUCGGACCGUGGUCUGUUCUGGAAGUCGCUACAAAACGCAAGAGCUCUGACGCUUGGCGCGUCCUCAUCGGCUCCCGGAUCUGGCUGCGGAGCCAGGGACGCUGGUUCAGUCGCACUCGCCAAAAUUCCCAAAAACGACGAGGAUGAGCAGUGGCUCGCGAAGCUGCGCAACCUCGGGCUAUCUCAGGAGGACGAGUUCAAGCUUCUGUGCCUGCGCGAGUUCAUAUGGCGGCUGACCCAGAUGAGGAUGCGGGACGCGUCCUCGACGGCCAACCAGGAUGAGCGAAACUUGCUCAACAAUAUCAUUGCGCUGCGGACCCUCGGUGUGACCCCGCAAAUGGUCUUUUUCGACGAAGAGCCGCGCCGGCCGUCUUCUGGGCUGCCCGAGCUGGACGGCACCCCUCGCACCAUCACCGACGCCUUGCGGGACGCCUCCAUGACCAUCGACGAUCCAGUAGCCAGGCGCCGCCGGGCCGCCUUCAACAGCCACAGGUCUCGCCUUAGCCGAGACAGUAUCUCACCGAUUUCGGCAGACGGACGCCGGCGCCCUCUCGAUGAUGCCGCGGGCCCCUCGCCGCUGCAGCUAUCGCCACAGCUUCUCUCGCCACCGUCAGAGAGGGCCAGGGGCGGAAGCAGCACGCCUUCAGACUUUGGUCAUAGGAGGACGCUCCACCGCCAGUCGAGCGCCCUUAGUCUUCUGAACAGAAAGGAGAGCACAAAGUCUGGGGCCGAAACAGGCACAACCGAGGCCAAUGCCUUUGGGCAGGUUGGUGGAGGUCACACGUCACAUCCAGUACAUGCCAAGGCGUCGAUGGCGGCAGCCGAGCUGGACGACGCACUCUCGCCCAAGAUCAAACCCAGGGCGAUGCACACUUACGAGGGUAACGAUCCCAGCAUCCUCAAGAUGCUAGACUCGAUGUAUACGGACAACUACCCGCACGACCUGGCCGAGUUCGGGCCGCUGGUGACGCCUGUCGCACGCGCAAGGCCGAGCCGGCCGACGGCAACGGCGGGCCCUGGAACCGUGGAGCAGGGCUGGAAGCCGGCCGGAAAGCUGGUGGCGACGUUUGCGGAGCACACCGGGGCCAUAAACCGGGUGGUGGCGUCGCCAGACCACGUCUUCUUCAUCACGGGCGGCGACGACGGCGCGGUGCGUGUGUGGGACACGGCGCGGCUGGAGCGCAACAUUGCGCAUCGGUCGCGGGCGACGUACUCUCACGCCCCCGGGGCGCGGGUGCUUGCCUUAUGCUUCGUGCAGGACACGCACUGCUUCGUCAGCUGCGCCAGCGACGGCAGCGUGCACGUGGUCAAGGUCGAGUGCUCAACCUCGGGCGACGUGACGCGCUACGCCAAGCAGCCCCGGCUCGUGCGCGAGUACCGCCUCGGCCGCCCCGGCGAGCACGUCGUCUGGUGCGAGCACUUCAAGGCGGGCGGCGACUCGGCGUCGACGCUGGUGCUGGCGACCAACCAGUCGCGCGUCGAGGCCAUCGACCUGCGCGACAUGUCGCUGCUAUACGCGCUCGAGAACCCUGUUCAUCACGGCACCCCGACGUGCUUCUGCAUCGACCGCCGCCGCAACUGGCUCUGUCUCGGCACCUCGCACGGCGUCCUCGACCUGUGGGACCUGCGCUUCAAGGUCCGCCUCAAGGGCUGGGGCGUGCCCGGCAAGGGCGCCGUCUACCGCCUCGCUGUCCACCCGGCAAAGGGCCGUGGCAAGUGGGUCUGCGUUGCCGGUGGCACCGGCCAGGGCGAGGUCACGGUGUGGGACCUCGAGAAGACGACGUGCCGCGAGGUCUAUCGUGUGGGAGGCAAUAAGGAGGGGCCUCGCGGCUACGGCGCCUGGGAGGUGGACGAGGACAAGCCCGAGGGCAUGCUGGGCAGGUUCGCUACCGACAUCGAACCCGCCGUACUGUCUGGGGCCGCCGUGUCUGCCGCUGCUGUCGCCGCCGCCGCCGCGGGAGCUAGUGGCAACGUCGGCGGAAGCCUUGUAAGCAGCCUCGGCGCCGCGGGCGCCGCGCCCCAGGUCGGUGGUGGGGCCGACCGCGGUGUGCGCGCCAUGGUGGUGGGCAACAGCAACGGCGGCGCAUCGGGCGGGGACGACGGGGGCGGCGGCGGCAGCAGCAGCCGCGACAUCAGGAACGCCUACAUCGUCACGGCCGGGUCGGACAAGAAGCUGCGGUUCUGGGACCUCGCGCGCGUCGAGAACAGCACCGUCUUCAGCGGCCUGGCCCCCGACGAGGGCCGCCCGUCCUUCACGGCAAGCCACCCAACAACGGCCAUGACGCUCAACACGGAGCGCCUCCCGCGCUCGUCGUCGUCGUCGGCCUCGGCCUCGGCCUCGCAGCUCCGGCACGACCCGGCCGCCAGCAUCAACAGCCGCGGCAGGGGCCGGCCAAGGGCCUCGCGGUCCACUGUCGUCGCCAUCCAGCAGCAGCAGCUCCUCCGCAGCCAUCUCGACGCCGUGCUCGACGUGGCCGUGCUCGAGAGCCCUUACACCAUGACCGUUUCUGUCGACCGGAGCGGCGUCGUCUUUGUGUUUCAGUAGUCCGAUGCAUUCCGCAUAGCACAUACUCGUUGCUUCUUCCUUGGUUACCUUUCUUUUCUUUUUUGUUCCCGGCUUCGUCUCGGUUUAGACAGGGCGUGUUUUUUUUUUAGGCGAGAACCGGGCAGGGUCGGUUUCUCAUCAGCUUCACAGCUUCAUAAACUUUCUUGUCUGCAUCUCCUGUGUCGAGCUGCUUCUUUUUUCACUUUUUAAUCACGAGCGUUUAGAUGUAAUGGAUGGUCAGGUUGGAUAUUUGGCUAUGGUAUAAUAGAGUUAGGGUUACUCAUCCAACACGCAAAAACCUUGCGUAUACGAGGUCGUUACGACUACAAACACUUAUUAGCUACAAGUUCCG